CCAUAGAGAAGUGUGCGAGUCUGCGAGAGGGAGAGAGAGAGGACCCAUCCUGCCGGGGAGAUCACACUGCCUUCUUCAUCUCACUGAUUACUCAGGAGUCACUUGGCAGGGAUCCUAUCCAUAAUGUAUUGGGAUCAUCUAUAGGAGAGAGAGGUGAUGGACUGAGCCCUGGGACAAGUGUUGGGGGAUCAGACCAAUAAUGAUGGUGCAAAGUGUCCCUCUCUCCCAGCCAGGAGGAAAGUCACUGGAUGUGUGGAGGAAGCCCUGAUCACCACAAUGCAGCUACAAGAGGCGAAGUGCCUGUGGCCCCAUACGAGGCUAUAACUACCCUGAGGAGCAGCUCUCCAAUGAAUGAAGAAUGGGUUUCAACCCUUAUCGGUUACUAAGAGGAUCUGCUAUAUUCCUGCCUAUAGCCCUGCUGGUUUACAUGGCAAUGCUCUCCUCUGCUGAACGUGGGUGCCCUACAGGAUGUAGGUGUGAUGGAAAAAUGUUUUAUUGCGAGUCUCAGAAGCUGCAGGAAAUCCCUUCAUCAAUAUCUCCUGGAUGUGUCGGCUUGUCUCUCCGGUAUAACAGCCUCUACUUACUGAAAUAUAAUCAAUUUAAAGGUCUUAAUCAGCUCACUUGGCUGUACAUAGACCAUAACCAUAUUAGCAGUAUUGAUGAAAAUGCAUUCAAUGGGAUCCGUCGAUUAAAGGAGCUUGUUCUGAGUUCUAACCGGAUUUCCCAUCUGCUAAACAACACCUUCAGACCAGUCACUAACAUAAGAAACUUAGAUCUUUCCUACAACACUAUCCAGAAAUUGGGACCUGGACUGUUUAAGGGAUUGAGGAAACUGCAGAGCUUACACUUGAGGUCAAAUUUACUGCGUAACAUUCCAGUUCGGAUAUUUCAGGACUGCAGAAAUAUGGAACUUUUGGAUCUGGGGUAUAACCGAAUCCGCAGUUUGGCCAGAAAUGUUUUCACAGGUAUGAUCAGGUUGAAGGAACUUCACUUAGAGCACAACCAUUUUUCCAAACUUAACCUAGCCCUUUUCCCCAGGCUGGUCAGCCUACAGAACCUCUACUUACAAUGGAACAGGAUCAGCUUCAUUGGUCAAACCAUGUCUUGGACCUGGACCUCCUUACAGAGGCUUGAUUUAUCUGGUAACGAAAUAGAGGCCUUCAGCGGCCCAAGCGUCUUUCAGUGCGUACCCAAUCUACAGCGACUCAACCUGGAUUCCAACAAACUGACCUUCAUAGGCCAGGAGAUCCUGGACAGCUGGGGGUCUCUUAGCGACGUAGGUCUUGCUGGCAAUAUCUGGGAAUGUAGCAGAAAUAUUUGUUCUUUGGUCAACUGGCUUAAAAAUUUUAAAGGCCUUCGGGACAACACGAUCCUUUGUGCCAGCCCUAAGGACCUGCAGGGGAUCAACGUCAUGCAGGGAGUCAAAAACUACAACGUUUGCGGCACAAAUGUUACAGAAAGCAGGGAGUUGAAAACCACCGGUCGGAAUACAACUGCAAAACACAAAAUAUUGAGAACUAAGCAUGAAAGUAACCACUCAAUGCCCCCGACGGUUGGAGUGACGGGACCCGGCUAUGAGACCAGCGGGGAUGCGGAUAGCGUUUCUUUACAUAAAAUCAUAGCGGGGACUAUAGCGCUGUUCCUGUCUGUGUUAGUGAUCUCCUUAGUAAUCUACGUGUCAUGGAGACGGUCUCCCGCAGGUGUUAGGCAUCUGCAGCAGGCUACUCUUAUGAAAAAUCACAGCCAAACAAAAAGAUCAUCCCUAACACAGAUUAGCCUAACGCCACAGGAAUUUUAUGUAGACUACAAGCCUGCGACAAGCAGAGAGACUUGUGAAUCCAUAAGCACUACUGGUUCCUGCACAUAUACCAAAUCAGGUUCCAGGGAAUGUGAGAACUCCACAUCCUAUCCGAGAAGUCUGUGCUACUAUUUACCCGGAGAAUGAAAUCACUUAACACUUACUGACAAAAUAUUUAUACAGUGGCCACAAAAUAGAAGCGCCUGUUUAGUAUCAUGUUGGACUAUCAUUGACCCUGACACUCACAUGUCAUGGCAGUGAAAAAAAUGGGCCCUGCAGCAUCCAGUUGCUGGUGAUCAUGCAAUGCAUAUGCAAUUGCCUAAGGCUGAUGGGUGGAUGCCCCUUUCUAUGGAUGCUCAAGUUAAUCUCAAAGGCAUUAUGCCAACCCCUGAAUUUACCAUUAUAGUUGUGCUGUUGCAACUGGGAUUCACUGGACCAAACUACAUUUUUCCAGUCAUCAAUAGUCCAAUGUUCCCAAGCGGCCAUUACAAACACUUUUUGAGGUUAACAAGUAAGGUAUCCUGUAAGCUUGUUUGUAUGUGUGCCCCAUACCACCAAGAGUGCAAUGCAUGGUGCAGUCCAGUAUUGGUUGUUUAUCCCACAUGUGUAUUGUAAUUACUGUGGUGUGGCAUUUGCUGUUAUGUCCCCAGUAGGGAAGAGAAAAGAGGUUUUGAUUAAAUUUAUUUUGCCAAUAAUUUUAAGAUUUUCUACUGACACAGAAACUCUCAAUUUCACUCACUGAAAUUUGAUUAAAAAAAAUACCUACUCGCCCUUUUUUAUAUUUGGAGGGUGUUUUUUUU